AUGGAGUACCCCUUUUCGGUUAAAGAAAAGGGUAUUGGUUAUUGGGCUUCUCCAAGAGCUCAGGCGGCGAGCAUGGUCUCCAUGGAUGGUGUUACAAGAUAUCCGGUUUCAGAGGAUCUAUUUAACAAUGCUGGGGAGCUCAUGAAUUUCGAUACAUAUGCUGGAUGGUGCAGCAGCCCCUUAGCAACAGAUCAAAUGCUCGCCUCUUAUUUGUUGUCACCCCUUCAUUCAAUGUCCAUGAGUUAUCCACCCAUGGAUGCGCUAAGCUUCAAAGACCAAAGAACUGCUGGCUUACCAGUGACUAAUGGUGCUAUUGCAUUGGAUUCUUUCAAUUGUGGAGACAAUAGGGUGUUUCAGCAGAAGGAUGCCCAAUUUGGUUUCCCCUUGGAUUCUGCUGAUGGGGAUGACUCAAUUGCUAAGAGAGGAAACAGUUGUCAGAAAAAAAAUAUUUCAGAUAUGGGGAGCUGCAUGAUCCCUAGGUCACUUGGACACCCACUCGCUGAGAAGAUGCUCAGGGCAUUGUCUUUGUUUAAAGAAUCAUCUGGAGAGGGCAUUUUGGCUCAAUUUUGGGUUCCGAUUAAGCAUGGUGAUCAGUACAUCUUAAGCACUUACGAGCAACCAUACUUGCUCGAUCAGAUGCUCUUAGGAUACCGUGAAGUCUCUAGAGCAUUUACCUUCUCUGCAGAAUUGAAACCAGGUUUUUUUCCAGGGCUUCCCGGUCGCGUAUUUACCUCAAGAGUUCCAGAAUGGACCUCAAAUGUAAUGUACUACAACAAGGGUGAAUACUUGAGGGUACAACAUGCAGUUGAUCAUGAAGUCCGUGGGUCUAUUGCUGUACCAGUUUUUGAGAGUGACUCCCUUGAAAAGUCAUGCUGUGCAGUGCUGGAACUUGUCACUAUGAAAGAGAAACCCAAUUUCGAUUCUGAAAUGGGAGGUGUUUGCCAUGCACUCCAGGCUGUAAAUCUAAGGAGCAUAGCACCUCCUAGGCUUUAUCCCCAGUUUUUGUCAAAGAACCAGCGCGCUGCUUUAGCUGAGAUAACUGAUGUUUUACGAGCUGUCUGCCAUGCACAUAGAUUGCCCCUUGCUCUGAUUUGGGUCCCCUGUAGUUACACUGAAGGAGUUAAAGAUGAAAUUAUCAGAGUACGUGUCGGAGGGUGUAAUACAACUUCAGAUGAAAAAUGUGUGCUAUGCAUUGAGGAUAUGGCUUGUUAUGUAAAUGAUAGAGGGAUGCAAGGAUUUGUGCAUGCAUGUACAGAACAUUAUCUUGAGGAAGGGCAAGGUAUUGCUGGGAAAGCACUUCAAUCCAAUCGCCCCUUCUUCUUCCCUGAUGUAAAGGAAUAUGAUAUAAGUGAGUACCCUCUUGUCCAUCAUGCACGUAAGUUUGGCCUGAAUGCUGGUGUUGCGAUUAGGCUAAGGAGCACCUACACGGGUGAUGAUGAUUAUAUACUAGAGUUCUUUCUUCCUGUCAAUAUGAAAGGGGGAGCAGAACAGCAACUAUUGUUGAACAACCUCUCUGAUACCAUGCAGAGGAUAUGCAAGAGUUUGAGGACAGUUUUGGAUGCAGAAUUAGUUGGAGCAAAGGGUUCUACAAUUUCAAACUCGUCACCAGUGGCGUUAUUAAGGAGCAACUCUCAACAGGAAUUGUUAGAUGGCAAUUUGAAUUCUGUUGAUCAGGGGCCGUUGACUGCGUCUGAUUCAAUAAGUUUUGGAGCAGAAGCAGAUGGUCUUUGUGAACAGGUAGUCUUUUGAUUGCCACUCUCUCUUUGUAAUGAAUG